AAUGGGAAGGCGCUGCCCUUUGGAGACAAACCAUUCGACUCGUGGCGUCUGCAUGAAGUCUGCUCGCAGAAGCGCAACUUUCGCAGAAUCCACCUUAAAAUCUCUGCCUUAAACGGCACCAGCCCCCGAAAGCCAAGGGGGGAAACGGGGGAGCGCAGGCCCCCUCCCCCUCGCCUCUGCGCUCCUCCGGCAGCCCUCCCCCUCCUCCCUGCUAGUUAACAAGGCCCGCUCACUAGAUCUCUUUCUAUUAAAAAAAAUCGAGGGGAGCGAGAGAAAGGGAGAGAGGGGGAGAGAGAGGGGGGAGCGCGAGGGGGGAGAGACGAGGAGAGAGACACACAAGGAGAGAGGAAAGGAACGAGCGAGCGAGCGAGCGAGCGAGCGAGAGAGCGCGCGCGAGGAGGCCAGAGCGCAGGAGAGAGCUCCCUCCGGAGAGGCCGAUCGGGGCCAAGGCCCAGGGAGAGCGCCCCGCACCCCGAGCCCCGCGGCCGCCGCCGCCCCCCUCCCCGAGCCCCUGUCUGCAAGAAUCCCGGCGCGAAGGUGGCUGGAGAGGCGAGAAGAGCGAGCGCCGCCGCCGCUGCCGCUGCCCCCGCCGCUGCCGCCGCCUGGGGGGGUCGGGCCCAGGCCGAGGCGGCCGCCGCUGGAGAGGAGGGCGCUCCCUCCGGCCGCCAAAGUUUUCAUGAUGACCAUGACCACGAUGGCUGAUGGCUUGGACGCCCAGGACUCGUCCAAGUCGGCCUUCAUGGAGUUCGGGCAGCAGCAGCAGCAGCAGCAGCAGCAGCAACAGCAGCAGCAGCAGCAGCAGCAGCAGCCCCCGCCGCCGCAGGCGCCCCCGCAGGCACCCCCGCCGCCGCAGCCGCAGCCCCCGCCGCCGCCGCCGCCCGUGCCUCCGGUGCCACCCGUGCCCGGGCAGCCGCACUCGGCGGCGCAGCAGCCGCCCCAGCUCUCCGGCCAUGGCGGGCGCCCACUACCCGCUGCACUGCCUGCACUCGGCGGCGGCGGCGCGGCGGGCGGCGGCCGCGGCGGCGGCUGGCUCCCACCACCACCACCACCACCACCACCACCACCAGCACCACGGCGCGCCCUACUCGUCGGGGGCCGCCGGCGGCGGCGGCGGCGGCGGCGGCGGGGGCGGCGGCGGGGGCGCCUAUAGCCACCGCUCGCUGGCCGCCGCCUACCCCUACAUGAGCCACUCGCAGCACAGCCCCUACCUCCAGGCCUAUCACAACAGCGGCUCGGCCGGCCCGACGCGGCCCGACGACCCAGAUCAGCAGAAGACCACGGUCAUUGAGAACGGGGAGAUUCGAUUCAACGGGAAGGGGAAGAAAAUCCGGAAGCCGCGGACCAUUUACUCGAGCCUGCAGCUGCAGGCUCUGAACCAUCGCUUCCAGCAGACCCAGUACCUGGCGCUGCCCGAGCGGGCCGAGCUCGCAGCUUCGCUGGGCCUGACCCAAACCCAGGUGAAGAUCUGGUUUCAGAACAAACGCUCCAAGUUCAAGAAGCUGCUAAAGCAGGGCAGCAAUCCCCACGAGAGCGAGCCCCUGGCGGGCUCGGGCCUGUCUCCCCGCUCUCCGGCCCUGCCUCCCGUGUGGGACGUUUCCGCUUCGGCCAAGGGCGUCAAUAUGCCCCCCAGCAGCUACAUGCCCGGCUACUCGCCCUGGUAUUCUUCUCCGCACCAAGACACAAUGCAGAGACCGCAGAUGAUGUGACCCCGCGGAGGCGCCCGUCUGAGCUGCCACAGGAGCCGCCUUCCCCCCGGCUGGAGAGCUCCCGCCCGAGUGAGCCCCCAGCCAAGCAGGGCCAGGCGGGGACCAGGAGGCCGGCCGGCCUUUUCUGCUUUGCUUUUCUCCCUUCCUCCCUCACCGCCCUCCCCGUCUCCGCCACGGAGCAGCCUCGCCGGGCGAAGGAGAGCCCUGGCUCUCGGCCCUGCUCCAGGAGGAUGCUCGGUUCCCAGCCCCCUCCGCCCCCCAGCCUCGCGGCCCGCAGCAGACUUUCUAGCCCGCGGCGAGGGCGCCUUUCGCUACCACGCCCAGGUUUUCACUGGUUCAAGCAGACUUCGAAGCCGACCCGAAAGAUGCUGCUCCCCCUCCUGCGGGUGGAUCUUGCCAAUCCCGGACAGGCGACAGCAGCCUCCCCCUCCCUCCCCUCCCCUCCCCCCCCUCCCCCCCAUUCCUGCCCGAAGGGAGACGCUCCCAGGAAGGGGGCCCGCGGAGGGGGAGGGGGGAGCUGCAUGCGUGCUCCAAGUGGGCUGAGCAGGGACCCGGACAGACAGCCCGCUGUCCAGCCCCAGCCCUUGUCUCCGCGGCCCCCCUCCCCCUCCAAGCCUGGCCCUCGGGAGGAAAGCCAGACCCGUGCCUGGGCUCGGCUGGGUCAGUGAAGGCUGCCGGCGACUCCUGUUCGCUCGGCAGCGCGGUGGGACGCUUAGAACGAGAAACUUUCUGUAUAUAUUGUUGAAUUUUAGCUGUACAGACUUUGUAUGUUUCGUCUUCUUUCAUAUAUGGAGUAAAAGCCACAAAAAGCC